ACGCUAAGGGCGGGAGGGCGCGGCGGGCAGCGGUCACGCAUGCUCCCGAGUCGUGCCCGUCACGUUCAGAGGCUCGCUCGGCAACCAGAGGAACAGUUAGGAACCAAUCGGCGGGCGGCGCCGCGGAUGAGAGGCCAAUCAACAGGCAUUCUUGUUCCUCACCGCCGGCCAUUAAGAUCUGGCGCAGAGAGUGCGCACAGAGCCUGGGGGGUAGGGACGGGAAGGACUUCGGGGGGGCUGCCUUAGAAGCUGCUCGUCCCUAGCUUCAGGCGGAGAAGGGUGGCUGGGCUCUUGCCUCACGAGCGGGGCCCUGGCGAGCGGGUCGCCCCGGCGGUUGGUGACGUGUGAUCCGCGGCCGUUGCUCCGGGCUGUGGCUCUCGAGCACCAACGUGAGUGGGACCGUGGCCAGCGUGUCGCAGCAGCGGUGACGUGUGGUCAGUGACAGGGCCCACGGACAGCGGGCGGUCGAGCGCAGGGCCAGCGUGUCGCACCAGCGGGGCUUUGGGCGCUCGAGGGCACGCGGGAGGGGGGCACCGGGCCGUUCUGUUGCACUAGCAGCCGGGCGUGUCGCCUGCUGGCUCCCGUUGGACCUGGGCCGCAACGCACAACCGUGAAGGGGCUCUCGAGCCAUUGUGUGUGUGAUUGUGUGACCGCCGGGCCCGGCGUGAGGACGGCUUGAGGCCUUUGAAGGCGUGAGCUAGGCGGCAUCUCCCGUUGCCACCGUGCUGGUGGGGACGAGUGUGGAAGUGGUCUCGGCGUGUGGGGCUGCGUGGCGGUGACGUGUGAUAGAUGGCAGCGAGGACAGGUGUGAGGAGGAUGUCAGGCCGUCGUGUUCCCUCAGCGUGUGAUAGACGUCCGCUUCCACGGGGCCUGAGUAACGUGGUCUCCCCCGCUCCUGAGCCACGGCCACUGCGGCUGCCUUUCCUUGAGGCUGAGGCACCCGCAAGGCAUUCCUUGCUCACAAUGUAUAGAACAAAAGUAAGCUUGAAAGAUCGUCAGCAACUUUACAAACUGAUUAUUAGUCAAUUGCUGUAUGAUGGAUACAUAAACAUUGCCAAUGGCCUGAUAAAUGAGAUAAAACCACAAUCAGUCUGCGCACCAUCUGAACAACUGCUGCAUCUGAUUAAACUAGGAAUGGAGAACGAUGACAGCGCAGUUCAGUAUGCAAUUGGACGCUCCGAUACAGUAGCACCAGGAACAGGGAUUGACUUAGAAUUUGAUGCAGAUGUCCAGACUAUGUCCCCCGAGGCUUCUGAAUAUGAGACCUGUUACGUCACAUCUCAUAAAGGACCAUGUCGCGUAGCUACAUAUAGCAGAGAUGGGCAGUUAAUAGCUACAGGAUCUGCUGAUGCCUCAAUAAAAAUUCUUGAUACAGAGAGAAUGUUGGCAAAAAGUGCUAUGCCCAUCGAGGUCAUGAUGAAUGAGACAGCACAGCAGAACAUGGAAAAUCAUCCUGUUAUUCGGACGCUAUAUGAUCAUGUGGAUGAGGUUACAUGUUUAGCUUUCCAUCCAACAGAACAGAUCCUGGCAUCUGGUUCAAGGGACUAUACGCUUAAAUUGUUUGACUAUUCAAAACCUUCUGCCAAAAGAGCCUUCAAGUAUAUCCAGGAAGCAGAAAUGUUACGCUCCAUCUCUUUUCAUCCUUCUGGUGACUUCAUACUUGUUGGUACCCAGCACCCUACCUUACGGCUUUAUGAUAUCAAUACAUUCCAGUGUUUUGUGUCUUGCAAUCCUCAAGAUCAACACACCGAUGCUAUAUGUUCAGUAAACUAUAAUGCAAGUGCUAACAUGUAUGUGACGGGAAGCAAGGAUGGAUGCAUCAAAUUAUGGGAUGGUGUUUCAAAUCGAUGUAUCACUACUUUUGAGAAGGCACAUGAUGGGGCUGAAGUCUGUUCUGCCAUCUUUUCCAAAAAUUCAAAGUACAUCCUGUCAAGUGGAAAAGAUUCUGUAGCUAAACUAUGGGAGAUAUCCACAGGUCGAACGCUGGUCAAAUAUACAGGAGCUGGUUUGAGUGGACGACAAGUACACAGAACACAGGCAGUCUUUAACCACACAGAGGACUAUGUGUUACUGCCUGAUGAAAGGACCAUAAGUCUCUGCUGCUGGGACUCAAGAACUGCAGAACGGCGAAAUCUUCUGUCAUUGGGACAUAACAGCAUUGUCCGGUGUAUUGUUCAUUCUCCUACCAAUCCUGGUUUCAUGACAUGCAGUGAUGACUACAGAGCUCGAUUUUGGUACCGAAGGUCAACCACAGACUAAAGACAGUUUCAUAAAACAGUGAUUAUCUAGAUUAAUUACCAUCUUCUAUUAAGUGUACUGCCAACAGAUGCCUAAAUAAGAGCCAUGCUAUGUCUGUAUUUAACUUUGUCAAACAUGGUGGGAAAAGAUGAAAGUACUGAGAUUGAGUUUUCCCUCACUCACUGACCUUAUUGGUGUGUAUGGCAUCAAUUGUGUAAGUAGUCAACCAUUAUCCUUGAAUACAAUGAAUCCUUCCUGCAGGGAUAGUUUUAAACUUGCUCUUACAUGUCUAAAUUUUCAAAAUGUUAGUAAUUUAAGUGAAUCUUGCUCAAUCUGUAUAGAAUUUCUCCAUUACGUCUGUGCAAACCUAUUAAAGUUUGUUGUUUUUUUUUAAAGAAUGGAUUACACAAAUUCUCAGCAGAACUUGGCCAGAUAUUUUAAAGAAGCUUUAAGUUGUAUUUCAGUUCUGAUUCAUGCACUGUGCAGUGAAAGCUCUGGUUUUGUAUCUUUUUAUUCAUUUAAAAAAAAAAAAAAUUGGCCAAGUGGCUCUCCAGCUCUGAGCCAGAAUUUUGUGCCAUAAGAAUUUGAACAUCCAUUUUUAAAUGGUUUAGAUGAAUUCAACAAAUGAUGUUUUAGUUCUGAUAUUAAAGCUCAGACUUGAAAUCUG